UUCCGUUGGGUGAAAUGCCUCUUCGUACCGUGAAAACUUUACUGGUUGAAUUAGUAACGGGUCUCGGCGAGAAUGUAUUUGAUCAUCUAGAUCUCAUCGAAGAUCCUCAGCGUAGCUAUGUAUAUCCUUAUUUACAUCAUAUGCUUGAAGCAUGCCGUAAAAAAGAAAAGCAACCAACUAAUACAAAUAUGGCUUUUGAUAAUUCACCGAGUCGUCCAUCAUCAAUUGGCUCCGCAAAGUCUGGUGGAAAUGAUACUACCCCUUCAAAUUUUGCAAGAAGCUCACCGGUACCUGAAGUUCCUGGACAAAUUAAUGAGACUCAAUAUAAUAGUUCUGAACCAGCCAGCCCAGCCUCCCCCAUGACACCACGAUUUCCCACACCAACUAACAACAACCGUUCUUCAGGGUCACAUGAAGUAGAAAUGAAUUCACGAUUGACGCAAAUUUUCCUUAAAAUCGGAACGCGAGAAGAAACAAAACAGGGUAUCUAUGAAUUAUAUGAAUUCCAAAAACAACAUCCCGAAAUGGAGAGUAAAGUUACGUCACAUUUAUCCAAAACGGGUCCAUAUUUCCAAAGUUAUAUACGUCGUGGUCUUGCAAAUAUUGCUGCUGAAGAGGAAGAAAAGGAACGUGCUAACGUAAUUGCUGAAGUAAAAACUCUAUUUCCUCUGGGUGGAAAUUCUGCAGAAAGUGGCCAGACUGAAG